AAACACAGUUACGCAACCAACUUUUCAUUGGUGCUGUAUAAGCUGCGGUCUUAUAGUUUUGAUAGUUGUUAUAGAGGGAAAAUUAUUCAUUUCCCGCGAUUCAAUAAAAAUCAUAAUCCCUCCUCCAUCUUCCUCGCGAUUUCUUCUACCGUUGUGCGAUCUCGAGUUUCAUACUUUCAAUGGCGAGCCCAAGCGCUGUAUCUGAAGAUAGAAAAUCGGAUGACAUCGAAAUCGUCUCCGUCGGAGCUCUCUACAGCGGCUCCUGGGAUAAGAAGUACUGGAGUUCAUCUAGGGGAAAAGAUCGUUUCCCUUAUCCUGUGGGCUAUAAAGCUGUUCGAGCUUACAAUGGGAGCACAUAUUAUAUGGAGAUUGAAGAAGGUGCUAAAGGACCUUUAUUUCUGAUUAGAUAUUUGGAUGAAUCAUGGAGUGGUCAGACACCAGAUAUUGCAUGGGGAAAGUUCCAGAAGACGGGCCUCUCCAACUUAAAAGUAUGGCAUGGGAAACGAUUUACUUGUAAGAUGAACGGCGUGGAGUUUUUUGGCUUUAAAAACCCGUUGGUUCAGAGAUUGCUCCGGGAACUUGUGAACAACUCCCACGGGAUGGUAGAAUCUUACUCCAGCAAUAGGGUUUCUCAAAUCCAGGUCGAUGAUGAAAGGCUAGCCAAGCGUGAAAAUCCAGAUUUAUUAUGUUAUCUGGACAUGCCAGUGGCUAGAAAGAAAAGAAGUAGAAAAGCUGAAAUAGGCCACCAGAAUUCAGUAGUUAAAGAAGGCCAUAAAAAAACAAGAUUCCAAGACUCAUGUUCUGGUAAAGAGAUUUUAAAUUCAGCAACAGCGUCAAUCUGUUCAGCAAAGGAAGAAGUGGAGAUCGUUGGCCUUCAAGGAGCACUACCAGAGCAGUUGCAUUCUUGUCAUGCUACUAACGAAAAUUCAUCUCCUCCAAUAGAAAACCCUCCCGAAGUGAAAGUAGUCGUCCCUAUCCAAGAAACAAACCAGCUUCCUAACAGCUGUACAACAAAGCCAUUAUCCAACAUUUCUGAAGAGCUUCAUGGAUUGCAACCAAAGGAAAACAAACCCAACGAUGAUACUUUUCUAAACGGGAGCCAAGAUAUGACCAGUUCCAAUCUUUGUGCACCCGAUACCUUGGAGUUCGUGCAAGAUAACCCCAUAAGUUCUGCUCUAGCAACCGAUGAUAAUACAAGUUGCGAGCAGAAAGAAGAAUUGACCCUUGCUGACAUAGUAGUUAAUGAAGGGCAUUCAGCUGGACCAUAUACAGAAGAUUUAGCUGAUCAGGAAAUUGCCAAAUCAAUGAUCUCAUUUCUACUUCCUCGAGCAAUUCCACUGCUUAAGAAGGCCUCAGUCAAGAAGCCCCCAAAAACUGAUGUGUCAGAAACAAUGUCUGCUAGAUUAAAUCAUUCAGACAACUCCAAAACGAGCCAACUUGAUGAUGCGUCAGGAAGUGUUGUCUCCCUGUCGAUAAGAACAUGCACUGGAGAUGAUGAGAACAGGCAAGUCGUUGCUCUAGAUUCUGUUCAGGAUUGUACAAGUGAUGUGCCCGUUGCUCCUGACAGUUUUGAUGAGUCUCACUUGGAUGUUCCUGGGAGUGGGCAUAUCAUAUCAUCUUCCAAGGAAGCCUCUCCAGCAGAUCUUUCCAAAAAUCCCUUAGACGAGGAAGAUGUUGUAAUAGUAACCCCAAGUCCAUUGGUUUCUGCUUUGGAUACAGUUGAGAUCAUAAAGCCGUCUUCACAUGAUGUGCCUUUUGCUCCUGACAGUUUUGAUGAGUCUCACUUGGAUGGUCUUGGGAGUGGUCAUAUCAUCUCAUCUUCCAAGGAAGCCUAUCCAGCAGAUCUUCCCAAGCAGCACAUAGACGAGGAACAGGUUGUAAUAGAAAAUGCAAGUCUAUCAGUUCCUGCUUUAAAUACAGUUGAGAUCAUAAAGUCGUCGUCACAUGAUGUUAGUACUAUUUUGGAAGAAAAUAAUCUAGGCGGAUGUGUCAAGAAGUCUAUGUUAAUACCACAAUGCACCAGUCCGAUUAACAAGAUUAUUACCAAAGAAUCUGAGGAACUCUGUGCAGGAGACUUAGUGCAAACAGAGCACCACUCUGAAAACAAGGAAGCAAAGAGUACAUCUUGUUCUACUGAAGGUAAUGGUCUUGUUGUUGGCACAACCCCUACUGUAGCUAGUUCUGUUAGAAAAGAAACACAUAAGGUGUAUAGCAGGAAAAGAGUCUCGACCAAUCAACUGCGAGGAAACAAGAACUCAUCCUCAGAAAGUAAAAACAGUUGCAGAAAUACUGGAGAUGGUGAUUCAAUAAGCAAGAUGUCUCCUAAUAAAACCCAACGUAUCUUGGAGCCUCAGUCGACCUGGUCUACCAACUCUGUAUCAGAUAGAAUAAAUCCACAAGGGGAUGGAAGCAGUCAUGUAACCGAACAUUACCAGGGUCCUGAGCUAAUGAAGGUGAAUAACAAUCAAUUCACCAAUGUAUUUUGCAAUGAGGCGUGUGUGAUACCACAAGAUAUAAGGCCAGCUCAAGGCUUUGAAAAUGCAAGUACAUCCCCACCAUCAUUUCCAGCGUCAAAAGUUGAAAAUGUUCAAGGCCAUAUUGAUGAGGCACUGGGCAUCCAAGUCUCUGAACCACCUUCUACAAAGUCUCAAUAUAAGGAACAUACCAGCGAGAAAAGCAUCUCCAGUGUGCCGGAAAUUUCAGCUAGUUCGAGUUUAAAGCUCAACAGAGAUAUAAAGAUCAACAAUGAGAUGGAAAAAACUGUUGAGCUGCUUGGCUGCUACUUUCAUCCCAUGCCUAUUUCAUCAGUUUCACUUCAGUCUGUUGGUAAUGAAAUCUAUAUUUGUGUGUUGAGCUUUGCUACAGAAGAUAGAGUUAGAACCCUAUUUAUGUACAAGAUAUCAGCUAAAGCACCAACCAAAGGAUUCCCAUGUGUCGUUGGUCACACACCUGUCAUACUCCCCAUUAUGGAUGACAAAUCUGGUGCAAAUGUAAACUCUAGAGCGCUCGAAAGGUCUUAUUUCCACGUCACUCCGGAUGGGGAGCAUCUUAUUUUUACUGGCAAUAUCAAAACACCUUAUUGCAGGAAGAGGGAAAUUGAUUGCUCGUGUUUGACUUGUACAUCAGCAUCCUUUGAAGAGAACGUAGUGAGAAUUGUCGAGGUGAAAACUGGUUACGUUUCUCUAGUGACAAAACUUCAAGCAGUUGACAGUGUGCAGUGCCUGGUGGUGUGCGAUCCUGACUAUCUCGUUGCAGUUGUUAAAGGUGGAAACCUAAUUGUCUGGGCCAUGAACUCCAACUGGAGAGGUCCUACUGAAGAAUUCAUUAUCCCCGCAAAUCCUUGUACAUCUUCAUGCAUAGUGGAACUGAAGAAGAUCCCAAAAUGUCCUCAUCUCAUUAUUGGACACAGUGGUAUUGGGGAGUUUACAGUUUGGGAUAUUUCAACGCGAAGCCUAGUAUCAAGAUUUGUAUCUCCCAGCAAUAUGAUCUUUGAGUUCAUCCCAACCAGUUUGUUUGCGUGGCACCCUCUACAUGGCCAUUCUACAAUGGAGGAUCAUAUCGACAUGAUUUUAGCUGCAACAAAACUGUGGUUCUCAAAAGGGAUCAACAACAAAACAUUGGUUCCAGCUGAAGUCAAAGACACUGCCAUCUGGCUUUUAGUCUCUACCGAUCCUGACCCAGACGUUAAAUGUGAGACUGUAGAAAGACCAGGAAGAUGUUGGAGACUGGCUCUGCUUGUGAGAAAUCAAGUAAUAUUGGGAAGUCAAUUUGAUCCGAGGGCUGAUGUAGCGGGCACAGUAUCUGGUCAUGGAGUAACAGGCACACUUGAUGGAGUUGUGUAUUUGUGGGACAUGUCGACAGGCUUAAAACUCGGCUCCCUCCAUGAUUUCAAAGGACAAGGGGUUGCAUGCAUAAGCUCAGAUGAUAGGGGGAAUAUAUGUGUAGCAAGUGAGGAUGGUCAGCUUCUGGUUUAUUGCCAUCCCACCAAGGAAACUCAAAGUCAAGGAGUGUAGUAGACUUGGAAAAAGAGGUUUUGGCUUCGAUUGGCCACUAUACAAGCUGGGGAACUGUUAUCUAGUUUUUUUAGGAGGAUAAAUGGUUAAACGCUUAUCCCCUAUAUAUUAAUUGAGGAUCAUUUAAAAAGAUGUAACCUUAAUUUUGUACUAAUUACAUUUUAGACUUGCUGAGGUGGCGUUUAAGUAGAACCUAAUUUUGCUGAUGUGUCAUGAUUAGAAUCGAUUGAAAAAUUAGUUAGUCCAAUUUCAAUUUGCUAGGGAACGUCAUAUUAACUAGGAAGACUUUGUUAUACGAUUAACACCUUAUAAACGAAGUUUUAAAAGAAUAUUAACAAAGAGACGCAUUAGGUUUCUAAGAGGGAGUUGCGGCGGCAAAGAAUGAGUGGAGUGAAUUAAGGAGGCGAUGUGGUCAGCAGAGAGAAAGACAGUUGAGGAAAGAGAGGGAGACGAGAGAUGUGGAGAGAGUUCUGAAUGUUGUGAAGGAGAUGGAGGUUACGAGGCGGAACUGGGAGCUGGCAUCACAGGUUAUGACGGUGGUAGGGGUUUGGAGGAGGGACGGUGGUCGCAGGGGACGGUGGGGAUGUUGAGAGAUUCGAGGGCUUUGACAUGUUGUGGCCUGUGGGUCUAAUGGAGGUGCGAGGAGUGGGAGAGGUGCGUGUAAAGGGAGAGAUGGUUGGAGAAGGAGUUGGGGACAGGGAAGGAGCGUUUAUAUAAUUGAUGCUCGACGUUGCAAGUUUGAUCUUUGUUUGUGGGAUUGCUAAUUACUUGGUAAAUAUAUUUUUUUCGAGCUAAGAAUCAAGAUCUUCCAUGUUUUUCGAUAUAUGUUCAAACUGUUGAAACGAUUUGGGAAAAGUAUUAACUUGCUUAUAAAUAUUUAUCUGUAUUUUGAUUGUUUGUAGAAUGCACCAUAUUUGUGUAAAAAAGACGGGAUUGUGCUGAACUGUCCUCAUCUAUGUGUAUGAACGUUGGUAUGUGUUUUUUCAAAGGCAUAAGCUUUGAAUCCAUUAGACACAGAUGCAUUUUUUUGUGUUUGUAGGUAAAAGAGUCACAUUCUCUAUAAAAAAAUAUGGACUUGGUAGCAGCAGUAACUAUGAACUUUGAAAACUAAUUCUAUCAAGCUCAUAAUACUUCAGCACUUAGAAGCAGCAGUAACUCAGGAGGUGUAUCUUUGUCUUGUGACUACACUCAUCAGCGAUGUUUUGGAUCUAUUGCUUUUGGAAAAAUGAACCAUUCAGUCUCCAAGAUAUUUUUGAAGAGGCAACUAAUUAUGUCCUCAGAUUAACCAGUGAAGUCCAUUACUUACACAGAAUAACUAGGUGAGCUUUGAAUAUGAUCACAUCGGUGAAGAAACUAUCGAUGAAUCUGAUCCUAUCUGCACCGGUUAAUGGACAUAAUUAAAAUAUCUGCACCGGUUAGUGGACAUAAUUAAAAUUUUAAAUCUAAAAGUGUGUGAUGUUAAAAAGGAUCUAAAAUAUGUGAUUUUUCAUAUAAAGUUACAACAUUUAAUGUUAAUUCUUGCUAUGUGGGAGUUUCUAAACGUGAGAAAGUAAAUUUAUAUAAUGGAACUUUUUAAAAAAAAUUCAGAAUGCACAUUUAUCCCACGUAGUGUUGACAUAAAUGUAAUUUUGUCUUGGUCGUAUAUCUUAUUCACUAAAUAUUGCAUAUGUGCAUGUUCUACGGUAAAUAUACUUUCUUUAAUAAAUAGUUGAAUCUUAAGAAAAAAAAUGACAUUAUAUACUGUCUGAAUCCUAUAUAAAAAGGGUGUGUGAGAAAGCCAUCUCUCUCUGUCAUACUGCAUUAAUUUGUAUUCUAACUAAUGGAAACUAACCAACGACAGCGUACAUGGCUCCCUAUGUACAAGUUCAUCUGUCUAUAUAAAUACCUAACGUGAUUAGCAUUCUUAAGCAUGAGCACAUUUAUCUAGAACCAAAAAUUGAAUAAGAAAACGAGGUUUGGUUUGCGUUGGAUCCUAUCAAUUAUAAAAAGAGUGAUUAUAUAUCUUUAGAAACGAAAAAUCGAAUCGAAACCGAACCAAAAAAAUGGGUAUCCGAAUUUCUAUAAUAUAGUUUAUAUUUUUAUAAAUAUUAACUCUAUGUAGUUUUAAGAUAAUCAAAUAAUUUUAAAAUGUUAUUUAUAAGUCGAAAUACCUAAAAAAUAAAUUACUAGAGUACUUUUUAUCUAAAAUAUUUAAAUUAUCUAAAUUAAUUUGAAAACAAAAAAAAAAUCCCAACUUUGUUACUCGGACCGAACCGAAAAGGAUUCCAAAAUUACUUCAAAUAUAAGCUGGUCUCAAAUUUGUUACUCAAACCGAACCAAAACACCAAAUAACCAAACCAAAUUUUCUAAAUGCCUGAACGGAUACUAAACUAAACCAAAAACCCAAAUAACUAAAAUGAAACUGAACCAAAAUU